AGCGCUUUGCAUGGAAGUGUAGUACAGCCCACUGGAGAAACCAAGGGGUUAACUGCAUACAUUGUAGGCGUUACAGUCUACAGAUACAUUUUCUGACAUCCCCUUUAAGGCCCCCAAGUUAAAGGGAUGUCCAGGCCGCUGGAAUUAGGCUCUAUGGGGGAUGGGCACAAGCUAAAGAUGGCUGAGCUUCUGCAAGCGAGGCAUUCUUCAGUUGGCUGAAAGUUUGUAGGAGCCGUCUGGCCCGGUGGGUACUUACCGGUCAUAGCGAUCCGUGCUGCCGGCUGCAGGUGUCAGCUGGCAGCCGGGGCGGGAAGGCUAUAAACCCAGCACAAAGAGAAGGCCGAUGUAGCAAAAAUAAAGUAUUCUUUACUGCUAAUGAUCCUUGGCUGAGGAAUUUGGGGCAGAGAGUUCCCAUUGGGCUCCACUUACAAUGUUCAAUACUACAGAGAAAGAAGACAAAGAGAUAAAAUUUAAUCCAAGUAAUAAAAGUAUAUUGAACAGUUCAAAACCUUCAUUUUAUGGAUCUGAAUGUCACAUGGUAAUGACCUCAUCAGUGCAGUCUCUCCAUGAUGGCAUGGCAAUGAAGAUCGGAAAUGUGCAAAAAUUUGAUAUAUUAGAAAUUCCAUCUGUAAAAGUUAAAGAAGAAGAUAAACUUCACCAGGAGCUGCCCAUAUCCAGAAGGGAACUCAGGUGUAGCCUUUGUUUUGAGACAUUUCAGUAUGUUUCUGAACUAAUGUUUCAUGAGCAAACACACAGCGCUUCUAACCAUUUUGAAUGUCAACUCUGUGGUCGGCAGUUUCAAAGUACUUCCAACUUGAAGGACCAUUAUAAUGUGCACACUGGCGAACGUCCAUAUAAGUGUGAAUUGUGUGCCAAAGCUUUUACUCAAUCUUCCUCUCUAUUAACACAUAAACGCACCCACACAAUGGAGCAGCCUUACAAGUGUGAGGUUUGUGGGAGACUUUUUAGAGAUGCCUCAAAUUUCAUUAAACAUAAGCGUCUUCACAGCCAAUCAAAAGAGCUAGGAAAGCAAGCAGAAGUAAAAAACCAAAUCUUGUCUGAGAAACCAUAUGGAUGUUCAUAUUGUGAAAAAUCCUUUAAGCGUACUUCUGAUUUGAAAGACCAUGAACGAGUACACACCGGGGAGCGACCAUACCGUUGUUUGAUAUGUCAAAAGUGUUUUACUCAGUCUUCAGUUUUAACUGGGCACAUGCGUAUUCACACCGGGGAAAGGCCCUUUCACUGUGAUAUAUGUGGCAAGACCUUUAAUAACUCUUCCAACUUCAAGAAGCACCAACGUACACAUUCUGUGCAGGACAUGUUGGCAAAAGUUUCCAGAGAUGGUGGUUUUCCCAUCCAAAAACACCCUCUUCGAAGUAAAAAUGGUACCACCUAUUUAAAGGGUAUCAAUGCUGUUCUUUAUAGUAAUGGUUUAAACUUGAACCAUAAUGGAACAUUUGAAAAAGUGAUAAAAGAUGAAGACUGUGUACUUGUAAUGGAAAAAGAUAUCACUCAGGGAAAUAGUGAUAGCAUCCCUAAUGUAGAUGGACUGCCACCCCCCUCUGUUGGAGAAGCAAAUGUUACAAAGAACAAAGGCAAAAAAACCUCUGAAUUAAAAGACCAGGAAACUAGGGAACAGAUGAUUUUUCAGGAUGCUGUGUCUAGGAAUGUUGUGUGUUCUAGUAUUAAAGUGAACAAAAAGAAUGACUGUGCAGCCAAUGGAUUGAAGCCUAAACAUAGUUUAGAGAGCCAUAUAAAACCAAAUCUAACAGGGUCACUUGGACUUUGCUAUAAAACUCACAGUUCAUAUAAGGACAUAAAUAUGCUCCAAAAGACAAACAGUGAGAAGGAAUUACAUCAGCAAAUAGUGGAGGAGAAUAUUGCCAAAUGUUCCCAACAAUCUAAAAUGACUAAUUCCAAAGAUGAUCAUGUUGAAAAAGAGUCCAAAACUUUAGUUUCUGUCGACCUAGAUAUAAAUUGUGAAGAUUUAGCACAAUGUGAACUAGAUGACAGACAAAACUUAAUAGAUAGUGAACUUGGCAAUGGCAACGACCUAUCAGAGUCUGAAAACACAUUAGUGGAGAGAACGAUGGAACAUUGGGACCUGGGUACAGAUGAUCAAUUUGGUGAUGAUGACAAUGAAUUUCUUGAGAUAGACGCAAAACCCUAUAUCUGUUUUGUAUGUUCUAAGAGAUUUAAAAGGGCAACUGACCUAAAGGAGCAUUUGCGGGUACAUACUGGUGAAAGGCCAUUUGUCUGCCAAGUUUGUGGCAAAGGAUUUACCCAGUCAUCUGCCCUUUCUAGUCACCAGCGCAUUCAUACUGGUGAAAAGCCCUUCCAGUGUGAUGUGUGUUACAAAAGGUUCAAUAACUCUUCCAACUUCUCUAAGCACAAGCGAGUACAUACUGGAGAACGCCCUCAUAAUUGCCCACUGUGCGGAAAGAGCUUCCAGGAAAAGCGUAGGGUAAAGAGGCACCUAAAAGCUGUUCAUCAAAUUCAAGAGUAAAGAUGCAAAUUUUAUGAAAUCCAUGGAGAAUAGAAAAGAAAAACAUUAUUCAAAAAAUUGUAUUUUAUGAAUAAUUAUAUUGAUUUAGUCAACAAUAUAUUCUAAAAAAUGAAAAUACAUAUCCAGAGUAAAGGACUUAGCAUGAAAUGCAGGAUGUAAACCCUUAUCAAAUCGUACACUAUAAUGUGGUAGAUUUUCCUAAUUCAUCAAUAAUUAAUAUUUUAUAUAGCAAUCUGAAUGUCCAAAUUGCAGCAUAUGAUAAUUAGAGUCUACUCCUUAGUGCCUCUGGUUGAUACAAUUGAAUAUAUUUUACAAAUACCAUUUUCCUUUUUGCUGUUACAUAUAACAAAAUGGUAACCUUUUCAUUUAAGCUAAAGAACACUAUACUAAGACUACACUUUCAAGAAUACAGUGUUACUACAAUAUUAAUUUGUAUUUUAGAAUGCCCAUAAAUAUUUCAGAACAUCUGUCUUUUGACCUGGAAAAAAUGUAUCAUUUUUUUCAUGUGUUCUCUUUUACAUAGCUUAUAUUUAGUAUUAAACAAUGCAACCAUUUUGCAGUCAUAAUACAUUGUAGUUUAUUUUUGUGAUGUUAUUUAUAUGCAUAACCUUUAGCUGCACAAUAUUAAAAUUACUAUUGUUUUAUCACAUGCACACAUUUUAGAAAUUAGAAGUCAGUCCCUGUAUAAUAGGUUGAGAUUUUAAUAAAGGUAAAUCCAGUGCUGUAUUUAAUUAUGUUUGGGAUAAAUACAAUAUUUAGAUUGAUUGAUUUAUUCUGCUCUUUCCACCCCGGUUGGCAAUCUGUAUGGUGCUGCAGGAAUACCUGUUGAUUGUAUGUAUGUCUAAGUGUACUAUUUCUUUAGUAAGUAAUGACAUUGGCACUUAAUAUUUGCAUCCAUUAAUAUGUGUUUACCAUUUUAAGAAUGUGCCCAUCAAUAAAACAUCAUACUGACCCAAUAGCAACUACUCAGUUUUAUUGGACAGUGGCAAAAACAUCUGCUAAAAUAUAAAUUUCAGCUCCAAGAAAAAAACAAACAAAAAAACCCCACUAAAGUGCAAAAACAGUAAUGCUGCUGCUUCUUGUAAUGUAGAAAUACUUAAAGGGACAGUAUACUGUAAAAUUAUUUUCCCAUUAAUGUAUUUUCAAUGACUUGUUAUACCAGCUGCAGAGUAUAAAAUGUAUGAGAAAUUGCACUUUCAGGUGUAUUUGUGUAUGAAUUCGCUUGUAUUGUGCUUUUAAACCACAGCCUAUUACAAUGGGUUGAGCUUGCAGAUAAAAUUGUCAUUACACACACUUGCUUUCUUAUCUUAUAUCUGUUUGUAAACCAAAGCUUAAUACUUAGAAAAUUAGAAAAUUAAUGUUUUAUUACUUAAAGGGCCAUGAUACCCAAAUGUUGAAACACUUGAAAGGGAUGCAGCAUAGCUGUAAAAAGCUGACUAGAAAAUAUCACCUGAACCUUUCUAUGUAAAAAAGAAAGAUGUUUUACCUCAAAAUGUCCUAAGUAUUCACAUCCCAUUGUAAAGGACUUUUAAGCAGCAAAUCAGUAUGUCUGUCCAGGAACAGCUAAGGGAGUGAGCUUUCAUGCACUCUUAUCUUAUUUCCCUAUUUAGUUUAAGGACGUUUACUAUGAAAUCUCAUGAGAGUUAAAUUAAAUCUCAUGAGAUCACAGUAAAAGAGUUCAUGACCUCAGCACUGCUGAUGCUGAUUGGCUGCUGUUCAUUUCUUCAUUUUUUAUUUUUUUUUGUACCUACAGCUGAGCAACAGCGGAAGUAUAUUUUUUUACACAGAACUUGCUCUGCUGAGCUGAGGAGACUGUGAGGUAAACUAUCUUCCUUCUUUACAUAGAGAUGCUCAGAUGAUAUUUUCCUGUCAGCUUUUAACAGUUAUACUGCAUCAGUUUCAAGUGAUUUAGCAUAUGAAUAUUAUGUCCCUUUAAACUAUCCUGCACCCCACUGAGAGUGUAAUCUCUUCUGCUGGCUGUGUUUAAAGGGACACUGAACCCAAAUUUUUUUCUUUCGUGAUUCAGAUAGAGCAUGCAAUUUUAAGCAACUUUCUAAUUUACUCCUAUUAUCAUUUUUUCUCCAUUCUCUUGCUAUCUUUAUUUGAAAAAGAAGGCAUCCAAGCUUUUUUUGGUUCAGACUCUGGACAGCUUUUUUUUUUAUUGGUGGAUGAAUUUAUCCACCAAUCAGCAAGGACAACCCAGGUUGUCCACCAAAAAUGGGCCGGCAUCCGUUCUCUUGCUAUCUUUAUUUGAAAAAGAAGGCAUCUAAGCUUUUUUUUUGUUUUUGUUUAGCACUCUGGACAGCACUUUUUUAUUCGCGAACAAAUUUAUCCACCAAUCAGUAAGAACAACCCAGGUUGUUCACCAAAAAUGGGCCGGCAUCUAAACUUACAUUCUUGCAUUUCAAAUAAAGAAACCAAAAGAAUGAAGAAAAUGUGAUAAUCGGAGUAAAUGAUAAAGUUGCUUAAAAUGUCAUGCUCUAUCUGAAUCAUGGAAGAAAAACAUUUGGGUUCAGUGUCCCUUUAAAUAGGCUUAUCAAUAGCAUAGACUCCAGUAUAGAAAUGUUCAGUAUAGGUGGGGAAACCACAGGCUAAAUCAGCUAUUUCAAAGGCCGAAAUAGGGGUAAAGGAGCUACUUGUAAACAAUAUAAUACACUCAAGCAGGUAAAAUGAAUCAUUGGAAACAAUUUAAAGGGGAGAAUUUUUUGUGAACUAUCCUUUUAAAGGAAUAUGAAACCCCCCAACAUUUAUUUUAUGAUUUAGAUAGGGUAAUUAUUUUUUUAUAAAAUUGUUAAUUUACUUCUAUUAUCAAAAUGUGCUUUGUUGACAUGGUAUUCUUUGUUAAACAGAAUAUUUAGGCAGCUAGUGCUCACGUUUGGAGAAUUAUAUGGAAGUGGUUUUGCACAAAUGAUUUUGAGCACUAGAUGGCAGCAGUGCUAGCACAAUGUAUAAUUCUACAGAAAUGUGCUCACUCCUGAACCUACCUACCUGAUUUUUUAUUAAAGAUACCACGAGAAUUAAGUAAAUUUAAUAAUAGAAAUAAAUUGGAAGUUUAAAAAAAAAAAUUAUGCUUUCCCUGAAUCAUGAAAGAAAAAUAUAGGGAUUCAUGUCUCUUUAAUCUGCAGCAGAUAGUACUAUAAAUAAUAUUUUUUUUUUUAAAUGGUUUAAUAUAAUACUAAAUACUACUAUAUAGCAAUAAUGCUAAUUAGAAAUAUACAGGAGCUUUUCAGCAGAGUUUACAGGGCUUUUGUCUCUUCAAAGUGUUCAUUAUUCAUUCUCAUAUAUACUAAAGUUAAUAUUUAGUUUUGGUUUUACAUUUGUUUUGCUUUUUCAAAAGCUUAAAUGGAUUUUAUAGAAUAAAUAAAUGAUAGAUAUAAUGAUGUAUUCAAAGGAAAGAGUAGUCUGAGAACAAUAUGUAGAUGUAUUUUUUUUUUUUUUUUUUUAUAUUAGUUGCUUAAAUAUUGAGAUAUAAAGGUUUGGAUUACAUAAAGUACUUUAGUUGCUAUAAAAUAAUAGGUGAUACCAUGUUAAAACUAAGGCUUCCUUUAUUUAAUUUAUUCUGCUGAGACAAAAUUAGGCAUAAAGUGUGCAAGUAUUAACUAUGUAUGGAAUAUAUAAACAAGUUAAUUUAAAGGGAAAUUGUAACAUAAAAAUAUUUUUAUAAUAUUUAAACAACUAAUAUAAUAGUUUUAUAAAAAACCACAUCUAAGGCUAAUCUUUGCUUUAAAUACAUCAUUAUGUCUAGCGUGUAUUUACAGUUUAGCAUCACUUUAACAUGCUAUAUUGCACAUACAGCUGUUGUUUGCAGCCUUUAUAUAUCCUUAACUAACUGUCAUCAGCAGAACAUUUUAGAUAAGGAAUAUCUAGGUUCCAGCAUGGCCAUACCCAUUACUUUAUUGCAAUGUUCAGAGUUAAAUUAUGCUACAUAAACAAACAUUUUAGAUUACAAUAUCCAAGUAUUAAUGUCCCUUUAAUUCCAAUAAUUAGCUAUCAUUAGCCACUGCCAAUUAACAGUGAGAUCUUGAGAUAGAUCAUUUUAAAUAAUAUAUUUAUACACAGAACUGUUUCAAGCUACCUAAUUACAUUUUUAUUUUGAGUUAUUAUAAUAAUAUAGUGCUGUUAGCUAGAAUCAUGUAGCAAAUCACAAGGGCUUACUUAAAGGGACAGUAUACAAUAUAAUUGGUUUUCCCUUAAUGUGUUUCCAAUAACUUUUUUUUACCAGCUGCAUAGUAUAAAAUGUAUGAGAUUUGCUUUUUUAAGACUUAUUUGUGUAUAUGAAUAAGAUGAUUUUGUGUUUUGAAGCCACAACCUAAUAAAAUGGGUUGAGCUUGUACGUAUAAUCAGAUCUCAUUAAUCCAAUCACCAAUACUUGGAGAGAACAAUGGAAAAUUAACAUUUUAUUACCUUAUCUCUUCUAUAACCCACUGGGAGCGUAAUUUUUUCUACGGCUGUGUUAACACAGCUUGGCCUUGAGGCCAAAAGCUUUCAGGAUGGGUGGGGAUACCACAGGCUAAAUAAACUAUUUCAAAUGCCAAUAUAAGGGUAAUGGAAAUACACUCCAGCAGGUAAAGUGGAUCAUUGGGAACAAAUUAAAGGGGAGAACAUUUUUGAAUAAACUGUCCCUUUAACUUUAGCACAUGACUAAUUGAACUUUUCUUUAUCUUCCAUUAUAUAUGUCAUAUAUGGCUGAGCUGACUGAAUAAAUUAUCUUAUACUGAUGCAUUUACCUUUUAGUAUCUUAACAGACAAGUGUUUUCUCAUAUAUGUUGUAGCCAUAAUUUUAUAUCAUGUAUGAAAUUUACAAAGAUGAGACAAUUGUUUAUUUAUAUUUACAUAUGCUACAAAUUACUGUAGUAAAUAUUCUAAUGUAUACUAUA